GUGGGAAACUUUAGAUAGCUUCAUGCAACAUGAUGUUCAAGAGCUAUGCCGCGUGUUGCUUGAUAACGUGGAAAAUAAGAUGAAAGGCACAUGUGUAGAAGGCACCAUACCUAAGUUAUUCCGAGGCAAAAUGGUGUCCUAUAUCCAGUGUAAAGAGGUGGACUAUCGAUCUGAUAGAAGAGAAGAUUAUUAUGAUAUCCAGCUGAGCAUAAAAGGAAAGAAAAACAUAUUUGAAUCAUUUGUGGAUUAUGUGGCAGUAGAACAACUAGACGGUGACAACAAAUAUGACGCCGGGGAGCACGGCUUGCAGGAAGCAGAGAAAGGUGUGAAAUUCCUAACAUUGCCACCAGUGUUACAUCUACAGCUGAUGAGAUUUAUGUAUGACCCUCAAACGAACCAAAAUAGCAAGAUCAAUGAUAGGUUUGAGUUUCCCGAACAGUUACCACUUGAUGAAUUUUUGCAAAAAACAGAUCCGAAGGACCCUGCAAAUUAUAUUCUUCAUGCCGUCCUUGUUCACAGUGGAGAUAAUCAUGGUGGACAUUAUGUGGUUUAUCUAAACCCCAAAGGGGAUGGCAAAUGGUGUAAAUUUGAUGACGAUGUGGUGUCCAGGUGUACGAAAGAAGAAGCAAUUGAGCACAAUUACGGGGGCCACGAUGACGACCUCUCUGUGCGGCACUGCACCAACGCGUACAUGUUGGUUUAUAUCAGGGAAUCCAAGCUGAGUGAGGUGUUACAAGCUGUCACCGACCAUGAUAUUCCUCAGCAGCUGGUGGAACGAUUACAAGAAGAGAAAAGGAUCGAGGCCCAGAAGCAGAAGGAGCGGCAGGAAGCCCAUCAGUACAUGCAAGUGCAGAUAGUCACAGAGGACCAGUUUUGUGGCCACCAAGGCAAUGAUAUGUACAAUGAAGAAAAAGUGAAAUACACUGUGUUCAAAGUAUUGAAAAAUUCUUCUCUUGCUGAAUUUGUCCAGGACCUCUCCCAGAUCAUGGGAUUUCCACAAGAUCAGAUUCGAUUAUGGCCAAUGCAAGCCAGGAGUAAUGGAACCAAACGACCAGCAAUGUUAGGUAACAAGGCAAAUAGCAAUAAAACAAUGAUUGAACUCAGUGAUAAUGAAAACCCCUGGACAGUAUUCUUGGAAACCGUUGAUCCAGAACUGGCUGCUACUGGAGCAACAUUACCCAAGUUUGAUAAAGAUGAUGAUGUGAUGUUAUUUUUGAAAAUGUAUGAUCCCAAAACACGGAGCUUGAAUUACUGUGGGCACAUCUACACACCGAUAUCCUGUAAAAUCCGUGACUUGCUCCCAGUUAUGUGUGACAGAGCAGGAUUUGCCCAAGAUACUAGCCUUAUCCUCUAUGAGGAAGUUAAACCGAAUUUAACGGAGAGAAUUCAGGACUAUGAUGUGUCUCUUGAUAGAGCCCUCGAACUAAUGGAUGGUGAUAUCAUAGUAUUUCAGAGGGAUGACCCUGAAAAUGAUAACAGUGAAUUACCCACUGCAAAAGAGUAUUUCAGAGACCUCUACCAUCGAGUUGAUGUCAUUUUCUGUGAUAAGACAAUCCCUAAUGAUCCUGGAUUUGUGGUCACAUUGUCAAAUACAAUGAAUUAUUUUCAGGUUGCAAAGACAGUUGCACAGAGGCUCAACACGGACCCGAUGUUGCUCCAGUUUUUCAAGUCUCAAGGGGAUGGGCCAGGUAAUCCUCUUAGACAUAAUUAUGAAGGUACUUUAAGACUUCUACAAUUGUUCAAGCCUAGACAACCUAGGAAACUUUACUAUCAGCAGCUUAAGAUGAAAAUCACAGACUUUGAAAACAGGCGAAGUUUUAAGUGUAUAUGGUUAAACAGCCAAUUUAGGGAAGAGGAAAUAACACUAUAUCCAGACAAGCACGGGUGUGUCCGGGACCUGUUAGAAGAAUGUAAAAAGGCCGUAGAGCUUGGGGAGAAGACAUCAGGGAAACUUAGGCUGCUAAAAAUUGUAAGAUACAAAAUUAUUGGUGUGCACCAAGAAGAUGAACUAUUAGAAUGUUUAUCACCUGCGACGAGUAGAACAUUUCGAAUAGAGGAAAUACCUUUGGACCAGGUAGACAUUGAUAAGGAAAAUGAGAUGCUGAUCACAGUGGCACAUUUCCACAAAGAAGUGUUUGGGACGUUUGGCAUCCCGUUUUUGCUGAGGAUACACCAGGGCGAGCAUUUCAGAGAAGUCAUGAAGCGCAUUCAGAAUCUGCUAGACAUCCAGGAGAAGGAGUUUGAAGAGUUUAAAUUUGCCAUUGUGGUGAUGGGCCUGCACCGGUAUAUAAAUGAAGAUGAGUACGAAGUGAACUUGAAAGACUUUGAACCUCAGCCUGGUAAGAGCCCUCCCCUGGUUUUCCUUUUGAGUGGGGUUGGAUCUAAGCAGCAAGUGGUAGGAGCUGGAGGUGGAGAGCCCUGGGCCUAGUGCCACCUCUUCCAUUUCCAAAUGGGGUGGCCUGGGCUUCCUCGCCUCAUCUGUAAGAGGAAGAACAGCAGUAACCCAUGAAUCCUCCAAAGGAUUAGAGCAUUGCUCGGUGGGUGAAGGAAGUGAGACCUGAGGCCAAGGUGUGAGUGGCCCUGUGAGAUUGGGAGGCUCUGAUGAUGCUGCAUAUGGAAGCCACUGAGACGUUUGGUCAGAGUGUGGGUGCCCUUGGUUUCAUGUGCGCAUGCAGCCCAGAGCUCCUGCCUCAUGGUGACCCCAAACCAGGGCAUUGGCCCUGCUCACGUUGUUGGACACUCCUGGCAUGGGGGUCCUGGCACUUGCUCUGUGGUCUUAUUGCCCCUUUCUCCCCACCAGGUAACAUGUUUUACCUUCGGCCAUGGCUAGGGCUCGACCACUUCAACAAAGCCCCAAAGAGAAGUCACUACACCUACCUUGAAAAGGCCAUUAAAAUCCAUAACUGACUUCCUCACCCUGUGUGUGCAGGGACCGCGUGUGGGUGUGUGCCCCUUAACAGCGAGAACUCUGGUACAUGUGCUCUCUGGCCGAAGUCUUAAGCAAGAGGAUUUGCUGCUGGUGUUAAUUUUAUUUUGUUGAGGCUGUUCAGUUUGGCUUCUCUGUAUCUAUUGACUGCCCUUUUUGAGCAAAAUGAAGGUGUUUUUAUAAA